AUGUCUGAAAAAACCGAACAAGAUUUGAAACCUAUUGUAGACGCCCAGCUGCCAGAAACAGAGGCCUUAGCAAAGCAAGGAAGAUUGCAUCAGGCCCUUGAGCAAUUACUUGCUCUUGAGAAACAAACUCGUCAGGCCGCUGAUCUUGAUUGUUCGACUCGUGUUUUAGUACACAUCGUUAAGUUAUGUUUCGAGGCUAGAGACUGGAAAUUAUUGAAUGAAUACGUGUUGUUGUUGACCAAGAAACAUGGUCAACUCAAACAAGCUAUGACAAAAAUGGUUCAAGAAACAAUGACGUAUUUGGACCAUACACCGGAUAUGGAUACUAAGCUGGAGUUAAUCGAUACAUUGCGUACUGUGACAGAAGGCAAAAUAUACGUUGAAGUAGAGCGCGCCCGAUUGACGCGUAUGUUAUCCAAAAUUCGCGAAGACGAGGGUAAAAUUUCUGAGGCUGCGGAAAUUUUGCAAGAAUUGCAAGUCGAAACGUUUGGUUCCAUGGAUAAACGCGAAAAAACGGACUUCAUUCUCGAGCAGAUGCGUCUGACUCUAGCAAAAAGAGAUUAUACACGGACGCAAAUAAUUAGUCGAAAGAUUAACACCAAGUUUUUUUCUGAUCCCGAACAACAUGAUCUUAAACUUCGAUAUUAUAAGUUGAUGAUCGAACAUGCUAUUCAUGAGGAACAAUAUCUUAAUGUGUGCAAGUAUUAUCGAAACGUAUAUGAUACGCCUGUCAUACAGCAAGAUGAAUCUCAAUGGAAGGAGGUUUUAGAAAAUGUCAUUUACUUCAUCAUUCUAUCACCGUACGAUAACGAGCAGAGUGAUUUACUGCAUCGCAUAUUCCAAGAUCCGAAUUUGGUCAAACUGUCACCACACUAUGACAUAAUCAAGUGUUUCAUAACACCAGAGCUAAUUGAGUGGCGCAAGAUGGAAGAACUUUACGGUGGCCCAUUGAGACAGUCACCCGUGUUUGCACCAGAUGAUGAAGCCGGCGAAAAACGUUGGCAAGAACUGCAUAAACGCGUUAUAGAGCAUAAUAUUCGUGUUGUAGCCAAAUACUACACUCGUAUUCGAACCAAACGAUUAGCACAGUUGCUCGAUCUUAACGAUCAGGAUACCGAAGACUUCUUGUCGAAACUUGUCGUCUCAAAAACUAUUUACGCCAGGAUCGACAGACCAGCAGGGAUAGUCUCGUUCGCACAGCCGAAAAAUGCUAACCAGCUGUUGAACGAUUGGUCUAACAAUAUAAAUUCCUUACUGGGAUUAAUCGAGAAGACAUGCCAUCUCAUUACAAAAGAGGAAAUGUUGCACAGCAUUGCAAGAGUCAAAUGA